AUGCCUUUCUCUGAUUCAGUCGGCGCCACUGAGGGCCUCAAGGAGGAGGUGCCUCCUCCCGCCUCGAACGAAGUCAAGGCACAGGUCGCCGCGACGUCCUCUACCCAUGCCGCCGGCCAAGAUGCUGGUGCCGCUGGUGGCGCACCGCCGAAGGUGAAGACCGAGAAGGAGUUGGAUAAGGAGCGCAAGAAGGCAGAGAAGGCUGCCAAGUUCGCGGAGAAGCAAGCUGCGCAGGCCGCGAAGGCCGCCGCCGCUCCUCCGUCUAAGAAGGCCGAGAAGAAGGCCAAGGCCGCGAAGAAGGAGGAGGAGGUCGUCCCUGAAUACGUUGAAGAUACCCCCAAGGGAGAGAAGAAGCGCCUCAAGUCCCUCGAGGACCCUCACUUCAAGGCUUACCACCCCGAGGCCGUCGAGAGCGCCUGGUACGAGUGGUGGGAGAAGGAAGGCUUCUUCAAGCCCGAGUUCACGGCCGAGGGCAAGGUCAAGCCCGCGGGCAAGUUUGUCGUCGCCCACCCCCCGCCGAACGUCACUGGUGCCCUGCAUCUUGGUCACGCCCUCGGCGACUCCCUCCAGGAUAUCAUGAUUCGAUGGAACCGCAUGUUGGGCAAGACGACCCUGUGGAUCCCCGGUUGCGAUCACGCCGGUAUCUCGACACAGAGCGUUGUGGAGAACAUGCUCUGGAGAAGAGAAGGAAAGACCCGUCACGACCUGGGCCGUGAGGACUUCGUCGACAAGGUCUGGGCCUGGAAGGGCGAGUACCACGACAAGAUCAACGCUGCUCUCCGCAAGAUGGGAGGAAGCUUUGACUGGAGCCGCGAGGCUUUCACCAUGGACGCCAACCUGUCCGCCGCUGUCGCCGAAACCUUCGUCAGACUCUUCGAGGAGGGCACCAUCUACCGCGCGAACAGACUCGUCAACUGGUCUUCCCGCCUGACCACCGCUCUAUCGAACCUCGAGGUCAUCAACAGGGAUCUCACCGGCAGGACACUCCUCGACGUUCCCGGAUACGAGAAGAAGAUCGAGUUUGGUGUUUUGAUCCACUUCAAGUACCCCAUCGAGGGCUCUGACGAGACCAUCGAGGUCGCUACCACCCGUAUCGAGACGAUGCUGGGUGAUUCCGGUAUCGCUGUUCACCCUGAGGACCCGAGAUACACACAUCUCGUUGGCAAAAGGGCCAAGCACCCCAUCAUCGAGGGUCGUCUCCUGCCCAUUGUUGCCGAUACCUACGUCGACAAGGAGUUCGGUACUGGUGCCGUCAAGCUGACCCCCGCUCACGACCCGAACGAUUUCAACCUGGGCCAGAAGCACGGCCUUGAGUUCAUCAACAUUCUCACCGACGAUGGAAACAUCAACAAGAACGGUGGUAAGUACGAGGGCCAGAAGAGAUUCGACGUCCGUUACACCAUCCAGGACGAGCUCAAGCAGCUUGGCCUCUACGUCGACAAGAAGGACAACGCCAUGACCAUCCCCCUGUGCGAACGUUCCAAGGAUGUCAUCGAGCCUCUCUUGAAGCCCCAGUGGUACAUGAGCAUGCGCAGCAUGGCUGACGACGCUGUUGCCGCUGUCAAGGACGGCAGGAUCAAGAUCCGCCCCGAAUCCUCCGAGCGCAGCUUCUACGCCUGGAUGUCCGGUAUCAACGAUUGGUGCAUCUCUCGUCAGCUCUGGUGGGGUCACCGCUGUCCCGUCUACCUCGCCAAGGUCGAGGGUGAGACGGCCGACCCCCUGGACAACAAGCGAUGGUUCGCCGGCAAGAACCGUGAGGAGGCUGAAGCCAAGGCGAAGGCCGCCCUCCCCGACAAGAAGUUCACUCUCGAACAGGACGAGGACGUUCUUGACACCUGGUUCUCCUCCGGUCUCUGGCCCUUCUCUACCCUGGGCUGGCCCAACAAGACCAACGACCUCUCAGAGCUCUACCCCACUUCCGUCCUCGAGACGGGUUGGGAUAUUCUGUUCUUCUGGAUUGCCAGAAUGGUCAUGCUCGGCAUCAAGCUCACCGGCCAAGUCCCUUUCACUGAGGUGUACUGCCACAGUCUCGUCCGUGACUCUGAGGGUCGCAAGAUGAGUAAGUCCCUGGGUAACGUCAUCGACCCCUUGGACGCCAUUGCUGGUAUCUCGCUGCCGGACCUCCACGCCAAGCUCCGCACCGGCAACCUCCACCCCAGUGAGGUCCAGAAGGCCGAGAAGUACCAGAAGACGGCCUUCCCCGAGGGUCUGCCUCGCAACGGCGCGGAUGCGCUGCGCUUUACCAUGGCGGCGCUCACCUCGACGAGCGGUGACGUCAACUUCGACGUUAAGGUCAUGACCGGCUGGAGAAAGUUCUGCAACAAGAUCUGGCAGGCCUCCAAGUACGUCCUCGGCAAGUUGCCCGAGGGCUUCGUGCCCCUCAAGGAGCCCGUUGUCGGCAAGACGCUUGCAGAGAAGUGGAUUCUGCACAAGCUCAACGUCGCCGCAAAGGACAUCAACAAGGCUCUUGGUGACCGCGAUUUCCAGCACGCCACCGGCAUUGUCUACCAGUACAUCCUGAACCACCUCUGCGAUGUUUACAUCGAGAACAGCAAGGCCAUCAUCCAGGAUGGCACCGAGGAGGAGAGGAACAGCGCCAUCCAGACCCUGUACACCGCCCUGGAGGGUGCCCUCACCAUGAUCCACCCCUUCACCCCCUUCCUCACCGAGGAGCUGUGGCAGCGCCUGCCCCGCCGCCCCGAGGACAAGACCAAGUCCAUCAUGCUUGCCAGCUACCCCGUCUUCGACGAGAAGUUCAACUUACCACAGGCUGAGGAGGCCUACGAGCUUGUUCUGGGAUGCUCCCGUGGCGCGAGAUCGCUCAUGAGCGAGUACGCCCGCAACGAGGAGGCGAAGAUCAUUGUCCAAGCCCACGACGCCACCUCUUACUCCACAGCACAGGAGCAGGUCGCUGCUAUCAACGCCCUCAGCGGCAAGGGCGUCACCGGUAUCGAAGUCCUCGCUCCCGCCGCCGCCCGCCCUGCCGGCUGCGUUGCCUUCCCCGUCGGCUCCUCGGCCUCCGUGUACCUGCACGUCAAGGGUCGCGUCGAUCUCGACGCCGAGAUCGAGAAGGCGCAGAAGAAGCUCGACAAGGCCCGCGCCAACGUCGAGAAGCAGAACAAGCUUCUCGCUGACCCCAACUACAAGGAGAAGGUCGACCCCAACGUGCAGGCGUCCGACAAGCAGAAGGUCGUCGACCUCGAAUCCGAGGCCAGAGGUUUCGAGGGUACGAUCAAGCAGUUCGAGCAGCUCAAGCUUGAAUGA